AACAAACAAAAAAUGCGAAUUUUCAAUUUAUUUCUUGUUGUAGAAACAAAAAUAAAGCAUCAACAUGAAAUUCUUCUUAUUUGCUUUCUUGGUCAUCUGCACAUAUGUUGCUGCUCAAGAAGACACUUGCGCUUCACAGAUGGCGAAAGUAGCCGACACUUCUGAAGGUGAAGCAGAAUUCGGCACAUGCAUCGACAAUUACGAAAACAAAGACGACAAAAACUUCCAGAAAACCUUGCAGAAAGUGUCUGAUUCCGUAAGUCAACUUGAAGACAUCUGGGAGAAGAAAUGUAACAAAUCAGAAUGCUCCAAGGCCAACCUGAAGAAACUAUUCAAAAAGGCUAAACAAGUCAAAACCAAUCUUGAGAAAUUACAGAAAUACCUGUCAACGUGUGAAAUUCUAAACGACAUCAUCGCCAAGAUUACUAAAGCCGAACAAUUAUGCUAAUUCGGUUUAUGAUUUUGAUUUGAUUGCAUAUUUUAUCAGCUGUGUAAUAUGCGAUAAAUAAAACUGAUUUUGUGUGAA